AUGCGGCGCAAAUCAUCCUCAGCAGCCGCCCAAUCCUACCCAUCUCACCCCUUCCUCCUCUCCGCCGACGACAUCGUCUCCUACCUGGACACAAACAUCGACACAGGCCUCUCGACUCAACAAGUCUCCUCUUACCAAGCCCGGUAUGGACACAAUAAACUUUCCGGCGAGGGCGGGGUGACCUGGUACUCUGUUCUCGUGAAACAGGUCUCUAAUGCCAUGGUACUCGUCCUCGUCCUAGCCAUGGCUCUCGCCUACGGCGUGUCCGACUACAUCGAAGGCGGCGUCAUAACCGCCGUUAUAGUGGGCAACAUCGUCAUUGGUUUCUACCAAGAAUACCGCGCCGAGCAAAAGAUGGAUGCACUGCGCAGUCUUUCCUCGCCAUCUGCAAUGGUGAUUCGGAACGGUCAAGUCGACACCAUCCCGUCUCCAGAGGUUGUACCCGGUGACAUCGUGCUCAUCAAAACCGGCGAUACCGUCCCCGCUGAUUUGAGGUUGGUCGAUGGAAUGAAUCUGGAAUGCGACGAGAAGAUCUUGACCGGUGAAGCGAUACCCGUUGCCAAGGAUGCUGCAUUUGACCCCAAACCAUCAGCUGGUGAAGGUCCUUCAGCAAAUGCAGAGACUCAUAUCGGGGUAGGCGAUAGAUUGAAUAUGGUCUAUUCCUCCUCCACAGUCACAAAGGGACGCGGAAAGGGCAUCGUCGUGUACACGGGCAUGUAUACCGAAAUUGGUAAAAUCGCCGCUUCAAUGCAGGGUAAGAAGAAACACCAAAAAGGCACCAAAAACAGAUCCAUGUCAAUCAAGAAAUAUGGCGUGUUGCAAGUCUUUCGAGGCGGAUUUUGGAGGUCUUGGGAUGCCCUAGGACGGUUUUUGGGAUUGACGACGGGGACGCCGUUGCAAAGGAAAUUGAGUAAACUGGCUUACAGUUUGUUUGGGCUUGCAAUUAUUUUUGCGAUUAUUGUUUUUGGUGUGAAUGAGUUUCGUGUUACGAAUGAGGUUGCUAUCUAUGCUAUUUCAACUGGUAUCGCAAUCAUCCCCGAAUCCCUCAUAGCAGUUUUGACAAUCACCAUGGUCGUUGGAAUGACUCAAAUGCACAAGCGGCGAGUCGUCAUCCGCCAGCUUUCGGCUCUUGAGGCUUUGGGUGGAGUCACCAAUAUCUGCAGUGACAAGACUGGCACUCUGACCCAGGGUCAGAUGGUUGCAAGAAAGGCUUGGAUACCUGGAGUUGGGAUUUAUAGUGUUAACCAGUCUGAUGAUGCCAGUGAUCCUUCAAGGGGUUAUGUCACGUUGGAUGCUGCUUCUGGGGAUAAAUCCGAAGCCGGAGAGCAGAAUGAAAAGACUCAAACAAACCAGACAGACAGCAAGGAAGAGGAUGCAAUCACAGAAGUAAGCCCAGGGCUUGAGAGCUUCCUUCUCGCAUCUUCCUUAUGCAACCUCGCAACUGUGCGAUAUGACAACACGGCUAGCAAAUGGCAAACCAUGGGCGACCCGACCGAAAUCGCUCUACAAGUAUUUGCCCAUCGAUUCGGCUAUGGAAAGAAAACCCUCGAGACAGAGUUCAAAUGGAAGGAGAUUGCCGAGUAUCCUUUUGACAGCGCAAUCAAGCGGAUGUCUGUGAUAUAUAGUAAAGGAACAGACGAGUCCAUGAUCUUUGUCAAAGGUGCUGUUGAACGGAUCAUUGACCUUUGCACGUCUGUUGGAAUUGGAAACAACGAACAGAAAAUGACACCCGGUUUGAAGGAAAAUAUUCUCCAGCAAAUGAAGGUUCUUGCGGAUCAGGGACUGCGAGUCCUUGCUGUUGCUCAAAGACCUGUGCCUGCCGGAUAUCAUAAAGGUGACGAGCUAGCUCGUGAAGACGUUGAAGUCGACUUGAAUCUCCUUGGUUUAGCUGGGUUAUAUGAUCCACCGAGAUUGGAAACAAAAGACGCUAUCACAGAAUGCAUAACUGCAGGAAUUCGCGUCCACAUGUUGACCGGAGAUCAUCCAUCCACUGCAAGCGCAAUCGCAAAAGAAGUCGGUAUCAUUCCCCGACACACGGAGUCUCUUUCAGCCCAAGAAGCUGCUUCACUGGUGAAAACCGCUGCCGAAUUCGAUGGCAUGACGGAAGAUGAGAUCGACGCCAUGCCAAGCUUACCUCUGGUCAUUGCACGGUGUGCCCCCAACACAAAGACUAGAAUGAUCGCUGCCCUGCAUCGUCGUCGAUGCUUUGCCGCCAUGACUGGCGAUGGAGUCAACGAUGCCCCAUCUCUGAAGGCUGCAGAUGUAGGUAUUGCAAUGGGCAUGGGUGGUUCUGACGUAGCCAAAUCCGCUUCCGACAUUGUUCUUACGGACGACAACUUCGCUAGUAUCGUCAAUGCGGUUGAAGAAGGGCGACGAAUGUUUGAUAACAUUCAAAAGUUCGUUCUGCAUCUGCUGGCAUCGAAUGUUGCCGAGGUUGUCUUGUUGAUUGUCGGCCUCGCAUUUCAAGACAACGAUCGCGUCUCUGUCUUCCCGCUCUCUCCGCUUCAAAUCUUAUGGAUCAACAUGUUGACUUCGUCUUUCCCUGCAUUUGGACUGGGGCGCGAGAAGGCUUCCGCCUGCGUCAUGCGACGCCCUCCUCAUAAUACAAAGAAAGGUGUCUUCACUUGGGAGGUCAUUGUAGAUAUGGUCGUGUACGGAGUGAUUAUGGGAGCGCUGACCCUACUCACAUUCGUGAUUGUUAUUUAUGGUGUUGGCGAUGGUAAACCUGAUUUGGGAUCCGACUGCAACAGAAAAGACUCAGAAUCUUGCCAUGUUGUCUUUCGUGCACGCGCAGCCGUUUUCGCUGAGCUCACUUGGCUCAUUCUUAUUUUGGCGUGGGAGGUCAAGGACCUACGGAAUAGCAUGUUCAACCUUGACCCGCUACGCGCUGAGCAAGAAGGUGUGAAGUUCCCAUUCUUCAGAGAUGUCUGGGAGAACAAAUUCCUCUUCUGGGCUGUCGUGAUUGGCGCUGUGUCUGUAUUCCCCGCAGUUUAUAUUCCCGGUCUGAACACCGAUGUAUUCAAGCAUCGUGGUAUUGGCUGGGAAUGGGGCCUGACCUUUGGCGCGGUAAUCAUCUUCAUCCUGGGCGCUGAGGCGUGGAAAGGUGUGAAACGUCGGACCGGCUGGUUCGGUGAACAUGACCCUCGAGAGAACGGGUCUAUUUCAGAAUCAGAGUUUGGACUGAAGCCAAGUCCUUCCACUGUGAGGUCUAUGACAAAAGAUAGUCGAAGUACCAGUGCAUGA